AUGUCUCUCAAUAACAGAAAGCAAGAACGCGACUUCACUGCCGAAGUAAAGGCCCUCGAGCCAGAGGCAGAGCAGCUCACAAAGGAUGGCAAGCUCCAGGAAGCGAUCGACAAGAUCACUCUGCUCGAGAAGCAGACCCGAAACGCCGCCGACAUGUCCUCCACUUCCACCCUGCUCGUCCUGCUCGCCCGUCUCUGCUGGUCCACCCAGGACUUGGACACGCUCAACGCCCAACUGACCAUCAUGGCCAAGAAGCACGGCCAGAUCAAGGAGGCGGUGGUGCGUAUGGUGGAUGAGGCUAUCAAGUGGCUUCCGGAGCUUCGGGAGAGAAGGGACAAGGGGGACUAUAACGGAAAGGACAAGGUGGACAGGUGGUUGGAGCUGGUCAAGACGUUGAGGGAUAUCACGGAGGGCAAGAUCUUUUUGGAACUGCCGAGGGCGCGCUUGACGGGCAUGCUUGCGGCUCACCAUGAGGCGUUGGCCGAGACGGCUCCCAAAGAUGCUCAACCCCUGACCGCCAAGGAGCACCUCGACACUGCCGCCGACCUCAUGUCUGAUAUCCAGGUCGAGACCUACUCCUCGAUGGACAAGCGCGAAAAGACCGAGUUCAUCUUGGAGCAGAUGAGACUGGAAAGUCAACGAGGCAACUGGGUGCGAGUACGCGUGGGAAGCAGAAAGAUCAACAGAGUGUACUUGAAAGACAAGGAAGUGCAGGACAUUAAACUCCGUUUCUACGACCUGAUAGUCCAGCUUGCUCUUCAAGAUGACGAAUACCUUGAAGCUUGCCAGGCCUACCAGGAAGUGUGGGACACUGAAGAAGUCAAGGCCGAUGCGGCAAAGGAGCUCAGCGCGAUUGAAAACAUUAUAAUAUAUGUCGUGCUCGCUUCUUACAACAAUGAGCAAAGCGACAUGAUCCACAAGCUGUAUGCGAACGCGGCUUUGCAAAAGGCUCCCCUGCACUUCGACCUGUUGAAAUGUUUCGUCACCAAAGAGCUCAUGCGGUGGAAGGGUAUCGAAGACAUCUACGGCACCACCCUCCGCCAAUCGCCCAUCUUUGCUUCUGGGUCUACACUGGGCAAGAAGAUUGACAAGAGGUGGGAAGAGCUGCACAAGCGGGUCGUCGAGCACAACAUCCGCGUCGUCGCCACCUACUACUCCCGUAUAACCCUCCCCCGCCUGUCCGCCCUCCUCGACCUGCCACCCCUCACCACCGAACGUACCCUCUGCCAGCUCGUCACCUCCAAAACCGUCUACGCCCGUAUCGACCGCCCAGCCGGCAUCGUCGACUUUAGGAAGAAGCAAAAUGUGAACGGGACGUUGAACGGGUGGAGUGGAGACUUGGGCAAGAUGUUGGAUUUGGUGGAGAAGGCGAGCCAUUUGGUUAGCAAGGAGUAUGCGAUGCAUGAGGCGGUCAAGGGGAAGAAGGUGGCGGCGUAG